UUGAAUUAUGUUCGGAGCUAGAAGUGUACUUCGACAGGGGUUGCAGGCCAAAAAUGCUCCCCUGAUGCAAUCGCUACAGCCCUGCAGGGAAAUGGCAACCCUCAAGGACAUCUCUCUUAGGCUUAAAAGUGUGAAAAAUAUUCUGAAGAUCACAUCCUCUAUGAAAAUGAUAGCUGCAGCCAGGUUUGCCAAGGCUGAUAAAGAGCUGAAACAGUCUUUUACAUUUGGCCAUGGCUCUCAGCACUUCUACGAUCAAGCUGAGGUGAAGCCCCUUGAUGCAGUGGAAUCGAAGAGACCAGUGAAAGUUCUGGUUGCUCUGAGCAGUGACAGGGGAUUGUGUGGCGCCAUUCACUCGAGUAUUGCGAAGUCGAUCCGAAAUGAAAUUAACACAAACCCAGGCACUGAUUACAAACUGGUGAUCGUAGGCGACAAAGCGAGGGGCCAGUUGCAACGAACACAUGCAAAGAACAUUUUCCUUACCUUCAAGGAUGUCGGAAAAGUGAUGCCUAGCUACGGAGAGGCUAGCCUAAUUGCCAGUGAAAUUAUCGACAAGAUCGGUGAUUUCGAUAUGGGUCAUGUAUAUUACAACAAGUUCAAAUCGGUAGUCUCAUAUAACCUUCAAACACAGCCGAUUUUCACAGUGAACACGAUCGCCAAGGCUCCCGGAGUUGCCGUCUAUGACUCAGUGGAUGAGUUUGUUUUGCAGAACUACCAAGAAGCCUCCUUGACCAACAUGCUCUAUUACGCCAUGAAAGAGGCUUCAGCUAGUGAACACAGUUCAAGAAUGACGGCUAUGGGCAAUGCGAGUAAGAAUGCCGAAGAGAUGAUAGGCAAGCUGACCAUCAAAUUCAACAGGACACGACAGGCAGUGAUCACGACAGAGUUGAGCGAAAUCAUAUCGGGAGCUGUAGCCAUCGAAUAAGCACAAUUAGCACUGAUCUGUAGUGAAAUAUUUCUGGAUAAAAUAUCACAACACCUAAAUUUGGCACAGUGGUUAAAUUCAUGUGCUAAAGUGUAACAUACUUGUGGUUAUACUAUUUCAGAUAUACUAAAAUGGUUUUAAGAGUAAUGAUAUAAUUUUAAUUAUUACGCUUUGACCGUUUGAUUAAACUCAACUUGAUGAUACUGGAUAAAUCUUCAAUUUAAUACACUAAACUAA